AUGACACAUCAUCAUGGACACAGGAUCAAACAUCCACGUUUGAGUGCGGAGUUGCGGAGGAGGUUGAUAGCGGAGAAGCCCCAUAACGAUGCCAGCGAGCCAGAUGAGUCGACAAGUUACAGUCCUCCGUCCAGCGUGGUUGAUGUCGGGGAUAUGCAUAUUCUCGGGGAAAGAAGCAUUGGCCAUACCGGAAUCAGCUACGACACCGGCGAGUCGAUAUUUGAGCCCCGAGAUGAUGUACCCGACGAGGCGCAAACCGUGACAACGGUGGUGGCUACCGUCAUCAACAUCGUCGUGGAAAGCGGGUCCCGCACGAUAGGGGAAUACACGGUUCCUACGCUUCCUGCCGUUGUUUCGGAUCCUGCUCUUGGUCUGGUGACGGUCCCGGCCGAUACGGGCGCUCCCAUUACCGUGACGCAUGAAGCAUGGCCGCAAAGCACAGAGUUACCGUCAUAUUCAUCCCUCCUGACUGGCCCGUCGACCCUGAGCACUCAGGCUUCGCUUACGCCGACCUCGCAAACUCCUGAAAGCACCCAGCCAUCAACUUCGCCCCGACCCUCAUCGACUUCGACCCCGUCAACCUCGUCAACCUCGUCGACAUCGUCUACCUCGUCAACUUCUUCCGCUUCGUCGUCCAGCUCCACCAGCACUACUUCGUCUACUUUGACUUCGACUUCUUCGACUUCGAGUUCCUCGACCUCGACCUCGACCUCCUCCACCUCUUCCACCUCGAUUUCUUCGACUACGUCUACCUCGACAUCCAGUUCAAGUACUAGUUCCAGUUCGAGCGCGGUUGAAACCGGUGCUUUGGGUGGUGCCGCGGGCGGAGGUGCUGCGAGCAACGGGAUCAACGCAGGACCUGCUAUAGCAUCUGCCACCGCUCAGCCAGGAAGCUCGGGCUCGGGCUCUGGGGGAAAUGGCAUCGACACUCCUCGGGUGGUCGGUGGCGUUGUCGGAGGGCUUGGUGGAGCAUUCAUACUGCUUCUGUUGGCGUUGCUUUUCCUCCAUUGGAAGAAGAAGCGCAUGCACCGCGGUGUCAUUGGAAAUGAGAGCAGGGGCACGGAGCCCGGUCAAGGGUCGAUAUCGCGGUCUGAGAUGACUUCGCAGCGAUCGAGCAACACUCCCCUGGCCGCGGCGGGUUUCUUUGGCCGAUGGAGACAGUCAUCACCUCCCGCGACGGUUGACGAGAGCGCGCCCAGCGAACGCGGCUUUCAGAAGAUUUCCGGCCGCAAGAUCCCGUCGGUACUUCGCACUGGAGGAGACGGUUAUGGUGAUGAUGUGGAAGAAGAGCCCGUCGUUCCUGAGGUGGUCACUCCGACGUCUGCAGCGCCGCCUAGUCCGGCCAUGCCUGGGCCCGCCUCCAGCCCCGCUCGAGAGAACGAGGAGGGCGAAAGUGUGGUCGUUAUGCGGCCGUCGCCUGCAAGGACGCCGGUAGCCAGUUCGGCCAAUGUGUCCGUCCCUCCAAGUCAAUCGCAGACAGGCCUUGCACCACCGAUGCGUCCUGACGCGUUGGGACGGAGUUUGUCAAAGCACGACGGGAGCAGGGGGAGUCGCUUCACCGAGAGCAUCUAG